UUUUUAAAUUACAUAACUAAACAUAUUAUACAUGCGUCUCCUUGAGAAUAGGGAAUUUCUUGAGUUAAUUAAUGGUAUACAUUUCGUUACAACACAAGAUGAUUCACAUUUUCAACUGUAAUUACUGGACCCCCUACUUCUUUUUCGCGAUAAAAUAUCUCCCACUUUGAAUGAUACUACUUUUAAACACUUUCACCACUUUCAUGGCAUAACAUUAAAAAGCCACACAAAAUGCAUAAAGUAAUGAAGCGAAGUGAACUGACUAGCUAUGUCACUAUUACCCUGACAUUAAAUGUGUCACUUCUCACUACUCUAAACUAGAGACUGGAAAAUCAAGUUUGCUUUAGUAGGGAUAGUUCUUGACGUUUUGGUGUUAACAAAAGAAAACUGCUUAUUCGCUGUUUUCGACUUAUUAAAAAACUGGUUGAUUUUGUCAACUACUUUAUCAUACAUUCAAAAAAGAUAGCUGAUGGCGUGAAUGAAUCGAGUAGAUACUCUAUACAUAUACAUUUGGCAGAUAUUUCUCAAUAUGUCUGUUGUUUAUGUUUUACGAUUUUACGCCCAUCCCUAGUUUGAGUCGAGCUUGACAUUUUGUUUUGACAGAUACAUAGAAUAAGAAAUACAAUAAUAUACAGAUUUUAUGACACGAAGGCGCAACAAUACAAACAAAUCUAGGAAAAAAGAGUGUGUCUAAGCGGUAUGGAGUGGCGUAGUGAAGCUGGGUAGCAUUAGGAGUAUGGGCGGCGGUGUGAGAAGCAGCGCCAGGCUGAGUGGCGCGGGGCGGGCGGAGCAGCACGCCGCCACUCGCAGCGCGCCGGCCGACGCCGCGGCCCGCGCCGCCGCCGCCCGCGCCGCAGCCGCCGAGCGCCGGGCCCGCGCUGCCGAGCGCGCCCGCGAGGUGGAGGACAGCCCACGCGUGCUGCGGGAAAAGUGCCGCCGCCUGGCUCGCGCCCUCAAAGAAGCUAAACACCUCGUGGUGUACACGGGUGCGGGCAUCAGCACUGCGGCUGACAUCCCCGACUACCGCGGCCCUCACGGAGUGUGGACGCGGCUGCAGCGCGGGGAAGCUGUCGGGUGAGUGCCACUCCUUCUCAUUCUGGAACAUGUCCAACACUACUGCGCAUGCUUGUCUUGUUUAGGUGCUCUUGAUAACAAUAUUUUUCAGUGUAUAACCCACCCUAUUUAAAUAAUUAUGUAUGUUAUAGAUUUUUUUUUAAUACUACAAUGUAACAUAAUGUGUAAAACAUAUCUUUAUAUAAAUUUGUAAUACAAGUCCACAUCCCAAUAAACAUGCUUACUUCGAAAACACUCCAAUGUCUGUCUUCAUGUGGCUGUAUGAUAACAUUUGCAAGAAAAUCAUUUUCGAUGAUUUUUUGUCAUUUGGCAGC